CUGCGUUCAAAGCACAUGCGCGUCGGCUCCGCCAGGGCAUGGCGCUAUGCCCGGCAGGAUGCCCGGGUCUCUGGCGCCGCUGGGAGACGCCGACAUGAACGAUGACGUUGGGGCAGUCUGGGGACCAGCUUGGAGGACAAGUACAUGUCGUCGCUGUGCAGCAUGGCAGAGCCGCCGGUGCCUGCGCCGCUCUGGUGCUGCCCAAAUCUCGCGUGGACGGCGUUUAUGAUGCGCAUCGUCAUCUCCUCGUUGGUAGGGGCUGCAGUUGCGGAUGUCUGCGCCCGACGUGCCAUUCUUCUGCCGCUGCAUCUUGCCAACCUUGAAAUGCAGGAUCUGGCUGCUGUCCAUGGACGAGUUGUCCUUCCUGUCGUCAGUCGAGCUGUGUCGCUACUCGGAAACGAUGACACCUGUAGCCUGCCUCAGUCGUGCAGUGACGUUCGAGAUCAUGUACACAUUUGGCGCACAUUCGUUCGACCCCGCCACUACCCCUAUUGACGAAGACGACGCUAUCUGGUACUAGUUACGGUUGUCCUGUGAAGGAGGAGCAACACUGCUGACGGAGAUGUGGACGUUCGGCUGUCGUCGCAACGACGUCGAAGGCUGAUGCAGGAUAUUUGGAUUGAUAUUUGCUUUAGUACUGUGGGAGGAAGCGUGAAUAUCGGCUGCGUUGCU